CAAGAAGCAAAGCAGCGUCUUUAAGAUACAAAAAGGACGACGGGAAGCGACAAUCGGAAGAGCAUCCAGCAUCAACAUCUUCACUUCUGUUCCUUAUUGCUAAUACAGCCGACAGCGAGUCUGUGGCCCUUCAGUUCUACAUUCUAUCACUCACAGGUUGAUCCUAUAUUUUCUCUAUUUCUCUAUUUCUCUAUUUCUCUAUUUCUCUAUUUCUCUAUUUCUCUAUUUCUCUAUUUCUCUAUUUCUCUAUUUCUCUACUCCCUAGAACAAACAAUCACCAUGCGCUACUCCAUCAUCUUCGCUGCCUCCCUCGCGAGCUAUGUCUCCGCACACGGUGUCGUCGUCUCCAUGAACGGCGCCAACGGUGUCACCAUGCCUGGCCUUACCAUCGCUGACGGCACUCCUCGUGACUGCUCUUCCAACGGUUGCGGUUCCCAGGCCGACACUGCCAUCAUCCGCGACCGCGAGAUCUCCUCCGGCAAGACCGGACCUCUCGGACGCACUCAAGGCAAUGGAAACGUUGAUGCCUCCGUCAUGAUCGCCGCCUUCAUGGGCACUGGCAACGCGCCCACCAACCAAGGAGCCUCUGGUGCCACUGGUGUAGAGGACGACCUCUCCGGCACUGCCGCAGCCGGCAAGAACACGAAGAAGAGGCAGCUUCUCGCCGGUGCCACCGGUAUUGCUGGUCUUUUCGGCGGCGGCGGCGCAAAGGCUGAGGGUCCCCCCGAGACCCGUGUCGCCGCUGCUGCUGGGCAGGGCGCUACCAGCGGUCUUCCCACCGCCAAUGCCGACGGCACUGUCGACAUGACGUUCCGCCAGAUCAACCAAGACGGCGCCGGCCCCUUUACCGCUGACGUCGAUGGCACCUCUGGCGGCACCGACGAGGCCGCCUUCCAGAGCGCCCAAGUCACCAAGGACGUCCCCGGCCUCGGCGUGCAGGGCAUCUCCCUCGCCACCUCUACCGAGUUCGACAUGCAGAUCAAGAUGCCGGCUGGCAUGACCUGCGAUGCUACCGUCGCAGGCGUCAGCAACGUCUGCGUUGCGCGUGUGCGCAACGGCGCUGCUGCUGGUCCCUUUGGUGGCUCGGUUGCCUUCACGCAGACGUCUGCGGCCCGCAAGCGGGCCAUUGCCUACCGUCUUAAGAAGCGCAUGGAGAUUGGUAACAUCCACUAGAUGGAGGUUCGGGAGAUGCUGGUAAUUUUAUCAAGGCUGUU